AUGGUAGUGGAUAAGACAAUCUCCGAUUAUCUCAAGUCCACCAAUUUGGAGGCCCAGCGACUAUUUAUCCUUUACUACGCCGGUCAUGGAUUUGUCAAUGAUGGUAACUUCUGCCUCGGUGAUCAGGCUACAUUCUUCUCCUGGAACAUGAUUGAUUACCGUCUCCUCACAACGCAAGGUCAUCACGAUACGGAGAAGGUCGACGUUCUCGCUGUUGUAGAUUGUGGCUAUGGUGGACAGAUCCCGAGGACUUGGGGAAGCCAGUCUAUCCAGAUCCUGGCUGCCUCGGCAGAGGUAUCCAACGUCCGGACCAAGAAUCAAAUUUCAUUUACGCGACUCUUACACAGGUCAGCGCAUGCUUUGGCCCAGAAUCCGUCUUCUUUGGCCAACCAGCGCGCCAUUUCGGUCAUCACUAUCUUCGAUCAUAUUUCAAAGUCGUUUUAA